AUGAAUCCAUUUUUAGAGUUUCUACCUUUUGGACUCUCUCGGCUUCCAAAUAUGACUCUCCCUAUCUCACCCCCAAUCCUCCACAUGAAUAACUCAAUUAAGAAUAAUCAAGGUGGUAUCCAUGUCUUUUGGAAUGAUAUCAAGAUCUUCACGACAAGAAAGAAAAUCAUCGUUUAA